GUAAUACAAAUACAGCGGAAUGAGAUAGUGGUGUAUGGUGAAGAUGGCUCGCUAAUUAUACGGGAUGUGCCCAUCUACAACUCCGAUGGGACACUCAAGGAAACUCUCAUGCUGGAGAAUAUAGAGACGAAGGGCAUCACAGGCGUUAUUACACAGCAACUGG